CGCCAACGCAACCGCCCUCUCCGUCUCGCUAGCCUAGCCAAGCAGGAAGCAGCAUCGAUCUUCCACGGGAGAAACCAGAGAGCAGAUCGGUCGCGAUGGAAGGGCUCAAGCAGAAGGCGAAGCAGGCGAGGGAGAUGCUCACCACGCCCGAAGGCGCUGUGGCCACCGCGGCGUUCGUCGUCGGCGCCGCCGUGGGCGCCUACUUCCUCUGGCCCGCGGCGGCCGUCGCUGCCGGCGCCACCAUGAAGGCGCCCGGCGCCGCCGGCUACGUCAUCUCCCGCGCGGCGUUCCUCAGCAACCCGCAGUUGUACUUCCAGAUCCUCCGCACAGCCGGCGCCGCGGCGGCGCCCGCCGUCUUCGCUCCCGGCGGUGCGGCGAAGAUGGCGGCGGCGGCCGCAGCAUUCGGCCUGUAGGAGGCAUGCGCGCGCGCGUCGAUCACUCUAUUUGCCGCGCGCUCUGAAGCACUGUCGAUCUGCUUAAAUUAGUAUUGUUAUCUUAGUAUUACCUCCAAGUAAUGUUACUAUGUUAGUUUGCCGAGUUAUCUUUAUUGUGGUCUGUUG